AUGACGACCGAGCUUGGUCACGGAAUCAAGAUGAUUGAGUACAUCCAAGACCGCCUUUAUCUGGCGUCCUACGACUCAACGCCAACCUCGAGAACGCCUUUCCCUUACGGCCAGGAUGCGCCCAAGUCUCCAAGUAAGCGUCGGGCUCAGCCUACAACUCCUACGAGCAAGCGCCGAUCCCCCGUCUACUUCACGGUCGACGACACUCUCCUCUACAAUGCCUUCCACGCCGACUUCGGCCCUCUCCACAUUGGGCAUCUGUAUCGCUUUGCCGUGCACUUCCACGAAAUCUUGGGCGAUCCCGCGAACAGCGAACGCCCGGUCGUGUUCUACAGCAAGACUGACGCACGUAGCCGUGCCAAUGCAGCAUGCCUCGUGGCAUGCUACAUGGUCCUGAUCCAAUCAUGGCCUCCCCACUUGGCUCUGGCGCCCAUCGCACAGGCUGACCCCCCUUACAUGCCUUUCCGCGACGCCGGGUACAGCCAGGCGGACUUCAUUCUCAAUAUCCAGGACGUGGUGUAUGGUGUGUGGAGGGCUAAGGAACAGGGUCUGUGCGGUCUGCGCGACUUCAACCUCGAGGAAUAUGAGAAGUUCGAGCGAGUCGACAUGGGAGACUUCAACUGGGUUACACAGGAUUUCCUCGCCUUCGCCUCUCCUCAGCACCAACCUGUCGCGUCCGUCCCCAUGCACACCCCCGAAUACGAUGCCCUCCCAUCCACCGUCUCCGAAGUCUGCUCGUCGAAACUCCCUCUUCCUUUCAAAAAUGUGCUGGUGCACUUCUCCACACGUAACGUCGGUCUCGUGGUGCGGUUGAACUCGGAGCUCUACAGCCCGUCUUAUUUCACCGCCAUGGGCAUCGCUCAUAUUGAUAUGAUUUUCGAGGACGGAACCUGCCCGCCGCUCCAGCUUGUCCGCAAGUUCAUCAAGCUGGCUCACGACAUGAUCACCAUCAAGAAGAAGGGAAUCGCGGUGCACUGCAAGGCCGGACUAGGUCGCACUGGUUGCUUGAUCGGUGCCUACCUCAUCUAUCGCUAUGGCUUUACUGCCAACGAGGUCAUUGCUUUCAUGCGAUUCAUGCGUCCUGGCAUGGUAGUUGGUCCUCAGCAGCACUGGCUCCAUCUGAACCAGAUGGCCUUCCGCGAGUGGUGGUUUGAGGAUAGUAUGAAGGAGAAGCUGGCCCAAUCUGCCCCCGUCACACCUGCCCGUGUUUCGAACAAGAAGCGUCCUAGCAAUGGUCAAGUCGCCACUCCUCCAAACAACAGCCACUCUAAGCGCGCGGCUCUCGGAGAGAUUGACCACAACGAGGCUGGUGCCAACCAGUAUGAGGAGAACCUUCCCGCCCCUACACCUGGCCAGCCUCGCAAGUCCCACCGCAAGGACUCUCGCCACCACCCUUAUGCUCGCACGGCAUCCGGUUCCUUGGCUGUCGAGCACAAUGGAGACCGCGGCCAUCGCGGCCACCGCCUGAGCAACGAUAGCAGUGAGAGUGAAGAGGAGAUUCAGCUCCGCAUGCUUGCCAAACAACGAGCUUCGCGAUCUCCCGUCGCUUCCCCUACUUCGCGCUCAAUCAGCUACUCGGCGACUGUCACCGCUAGUUACACACUUGCUGACGACAUCCACGAGGAUCGGGAGAACUGGGUUGAGAACGCCGCUCCCAAGACUCCCACAAGUCGCAAGAGUGCCACGGGUCCCGUCUCCGUUAGCAAGGUCCGUUCCAGCCCCCGGCGGGUAACCGAUAGUAACAAGAGCGAGUCUCGAGGUGUGCGCAAGGCCAGCGGCCGAGUCGGCAGCUCAUCCAGCCCUAAUCGAGUUGCUCGUACUGUCCAGUAA